UGCAUAGCGUCCGGAACGAAGAUCGCUCUGUUUAACCGUCUGCGCUCGCAAACAGUGAGUACUCGGUAUCUACAUGUAGACCAGGGCAGUUUCCAUGCCAGCUCCAGUCGGUGGGGUGCCUUCACGAUCCACCUUCUCGCUGAUGAUGAAUCCGAAGCGGAGGAGUUCAACGUCCAAGAUGGCUACAUUCACUACGGGCAUACAGUGAAGCUGGUCUGCUCGGAGACGGGAAUGGCGCUUCCAAGACUUAUUGUCCGUAAAGUUGACAAAACGAUGGUUAUGCUCGAUGCCGACGACCCCGUCAGUCAACUACACAAGUGUGCCUUCUACCUCAAAGACACAGACAGAAUGUAUUUAUGUCUUUCUCAGGAUAAAAUUAUCCAACACCAGGCAGUAAAGUGUGAUGAUCACCCGAACCGCGAGACUAUCAACGAUUCCGCCGCAUGGACCAUAAUCAGCACGGAUCGUGCAGAGUAUCGGUGGUUCGAGUUGAACAGCCUUCGUGAUGCUCUUGAGGAGACCACAUUGAAAAGCUUAAACUUGCAACUUCCACCCCCUUCUAACCUGCCGGUGACCCCAGUACCAGUUGUUAGCGGUCUUCGCACCAACGGCGGUGGGGAUGUCGCUAUGGUUGAGGUCUCCGGCGAGAACUUCAGUCCCUCGCAUCAGGUCUGGUUUGGUGAUGUACCCGCGCAGACCUUCUAUCGAUGUCAGGAACUCUUGCUUUGCUUGGUGCCAGACAUAUCCGAGUUCCAUCCAGACUGGACUUACAUCCACUAUGAACUUGAGGUGCGUCAGCUAUUACUCGGCUAA